UUGGGCGCUGCAGAGAUUUGUGUCUGCAAUGGCUGAUGAUCAAGAGAGAGACUUGCAGAGAUUUCUGGAAAAUGUGGAUGAAAUCACCAAUUUAAUUCAAGAGAUGAAUUCCGAUGAUCCCGUCAUACAGCAGAAAGCUGUCCUGGAGACGGAAAAGAGGCUGCAGCUGAUGGAGAGGGAUCAAGAAGAGGACGGGUGCAGGACCACCUUGAACAAGACCAUGAUCAGCCCCCCGAGAGCACCCGAGAAUGCAGAUGAAAUGAACCCAGAGGCCUUCUUGGCAUCGGUGGAGAAGGAUGCAAAGGAACGAGCCAAGAGAAGACGAGAAAACAGAGCCCUAGCAGAUGCCCUGAAGGAGAAGGGGAAUGAGGCCUUUGUCAAGGGCGACUAUGAGACAGCCAUCCUCUGCUACAGUGAGGGUUUGGGGAAGCUGAAGGACAUGAAGGUGCUGUACACCAACCGAGCCCAGGCUUAUAUAAAGCUUGGGGACUAUGAGAAGGCUCUCAUGGAUUGUGACUGGGCUCUGAAGUGUGAUGAAAACUGCACAAAAGCCUAUUUCCACAUGGGGAAAGCCCACCUGGCCAUGAAGAAUUACAGCAAGUCUAGAGAGUGUUAUCAGAAGAUCAGAGAGAUAAACCCCAAGCUGCAGACUCAGGUGAAAGAAUACCUAAAUCAAGUCACUCUUCGAGAAAAGGCGGAUCUUCAAGAGAAGGAAGCUCGUGAGUCUCUGGAUUCCAGAAAGAAAACAGCAAUGACGACUAGAAAUCUCCUGGAGACCCUCUCCAAGCCUGACCAGACACCCUUGUUCUAUGCAGGAGGCAUUGAGAUCCUGACAGAAAUGAUGACAGACUGCACAGAACGGACCUUGUUCAGAACGUAUGGUGGAUUCAACACCAUCAGUGACCAUGCGAUCAUAAGAAGGUGCCUCUUCUCAGCAGGGAAAGAUGCAGUUGAGGAGGUUCUCUGCGUGGCUGUUUUAAAGCUAUGGCAAGCAGUGUGUAGUGACAAUGAGGAAAACCAGCGCCUGCUUGUGACCCACCCAGACAUGGCCACCCUGUUGCCUUCCUUCAUGACCUGCAGAGUCCUGAUUAUCCAGCAGCAGAGCCUGGCCCUGCUACUGCAGCUCACCCAGACGGAGAACGGCAGAAACCAGGUCAUCAAGCACCUCGACCUGAUCCGACUGUGUGAAGCGCUGCUGUCGUUUCUUGACUUCUCAGACAAGAAGGCCAAUACAGCCAUGGGGCUACUCACAGAUUUGACUCUAGAAGAAAGAUUCCAAGUCUGGUUCCAGGCCAACCUUCCAGGUGUCCUGCCCGCACUCACAGGUGUUCUGAAGCGAGAGCCCAAGUUAACCAACCCCUCAGCCCUCUGCCAAUGCAUUGCCCUGAUGGGAAACAUCAGUGCUGAGCCUACUGCCCGAAGACACAUGAUAGCCUGUGAAGAAUUUGGGGAUGCCUGUUUGGACCUCCUGGUCAAGUGUGAGGAGGAGAUGGAUGUGUUCAGAGAGGUUGCGUAUACUCUCCUAGGGCUCAUCAUGAACUUGUGUCUUGAGGGUCCCUUCCUCUCUCAGAUGUGGGCGGUGGACAUGAGCCGGAAGUGCCUUUCUCUACUGAACAGCCAGGAUGGAGGAAUCCUGACAAGAGCCGCAGGUGUUCUGAGCCGGACCCUCUGUUCCUCUCUAACCAUCGUGGAGGAGGCGCUGGCAGCAGGUGUGGUGAAGAAGAUGAUUAAAUUCCUGCAGACGGGAGGCCAGACUGCAUCCCGUUACGCCAUAAAGACACUGGCUGUCUGCACAAACAGCUGCCAUUCAGCUCGGGAAGAAGUGACGAGACUUGAUAAAAAGUUCAACAUUUUGAUAUCGCUGCUUGGCGCAGAGGAUGAAAUACUGGUGGGCAACGCUGCCCUCUGCCUUGGCAACUGCAUGGAGGUGCCCAGUGCUGCCUCGUCCCUGCUGAAGACGGACAUUGUGAAAGUGUUGUUGAAGCUGGCAGGCAGCGACUCCCAGAGGACAGGCGUGCAGCUGAAUGCAGGCAUUGCUCUGGGGAAGCUAUGUACAGCCGAGCCCAGGUUUGCUGCCCAACUUCGAGAGCUUCACGGGCUAGAAAUUCUCAACUCUACAAUGAAAUACAUGAAUGAUUCCUGA